AUGGACCUAAAAGCCGGUGGACUACUCGUGCCGCCAACUGUUAAGAAUUCAAGCUGUUCACAUCCACGCUAUAACAGUCACAAUUUCAUUAUUCACAUUGGCAUUGCGGAGACCAUCGAGGCGGUGCUCAUCCUUAUACUGACGCUGGGUGUGAUUGGUGCCAAUGCGCUGGUCAUAUUUGUAAUAAACAACCGUCGCUAUUCGCCGUACAUACAUCAGCAGCCACGAUAUCUCCUCACCUCUUUGGCUUUAAAUGACCUCACCAUUGGACUGCUUAUCACACCAUUUGGACUAUUGCCAGCGCUCUUCCAUUGUUGGCCAUACGGCGAGAUAUUUUGCCAAAUACAGGCACUUCUGCGCGGUGCGCUAUCUCAACAAAGUGCUGUAAUAUUGGUCUGUAUGGCUGUGGACCGGUAUAUGUGUGCGCUGCAUCCGCGAAAAUACUACCAGCAUUCCAGUAAAAAGGGUUGCGUUGCCGUGCUGAGCUUAACAUGGAUCAUCAGUCUGACGGUGUUUGGUUUUCUGGUGCUGCCAAAAGGCUAUUACUUCAACAAUACCGGCCUCAUGGCCUGCGAACCGUUCUACAGCAAGCCCUCAUAUCGUAUAUUAGCCACCUGCGCACUCUACUUCCCCACCACCAUGGUGCUAAUGUACUGCUACGGCUCGAGUUUUCAUAUGAGCCGUUUCCGGUUAAAUGAUCCAACAAUGCCACUAACAGCCGCGGCACAUCAUCCGCAUCUCGGACAUCCGCCGCACAUGUUACACCAAUCGAUGCAUGGCCAUCAUAUGCAUCAUGGUGGUAUUGGUGGUGGUGGUGUUGGCGGUGGUGUAAGUCAUCAUGGAGUGCCGGCGGGGACCACAACGCUGCCAAAUACGCCAGUAAUGAAUCUCAGCAUGGCGAUGAGUAUGGGCCUAGGUAUGGGGGGCAUGAGUGGCAUGAGCGGCAUGGGCGGAAUGGGCGGUAUGGGUGGCAUGGGUGGCGGUAGCGGAGGUUUCGGCAGCGGCGGUGGUGGUGGUGGUGGUGGUGGCAAUGGCAAUGGCGGUGGAGCAAGUGGAGGUGGUCCAACGAAUAAUGUCACAAAGAAGAUUGUGCCCAUACAGGAAAAGCAUUCAGCCGGCAACACUUCACGCUCCAUGGCUGCCAUUUCGUUGGGUUUCAUUGUUAUGGUCACACCUUGGACGAUACAGGAGAUUGUCACUGCCUGCACGGGCUCGAAGCUGCCCCCAUUUCUGGAUUUCCUGGUAACUUGGACCGCUUUAAGCAACAGUUUGUGGAAUCCUUUUAUGUACUGGCUUCUUAAUUCGGAUUUUCGACGUUUGAGCAGACAUUUGAUGCCGAAUAGGUGCUUUCCCACCGAGGACACGCCCGAACACAAAUCACCCUGUUGUCACAUCAAUUCUGAUUUCGAAAUAACAACGUUGCCACUGCCGCCGGAACCGCCCACCGGGCGCCCACCAAAAGGCAGCAAUAGCGGUGAUGCUGCUGGCGAUAACAACGGCAGCGAAUGUGGCAAUAGCUCUAGUGGAGGCGGUGGCAGCAGCAGGGGAGGAGGCAGCGGUGGUGGCGGCGGCAUACGCGGCGGCUCAGUGCUGGGUAUUUGUGCGCGAGCACGCACUAACAGUCUCAGCCGUAGCGCGUCACAGCAAGCGCGUAAAAAUCCAAAUAUCAGCUGCAGCAACAGCAGUCACAGUCAUCAUGGGCAUAGCCAUCAUGUCGGCGGCGGUGGUGGUGGUGGUGUCGGUGGUGGCGGCUUGAGUUUCACUAGCGUACGACCCGACAUUGAAGGCCUCUCCGAAAAGUACUGGGGCGAAAUACUCGAACGCACUGUCAGCUCGGGCAGUUUGCAUGCGCUGACGAAAAGCUUUCCACACGCAGCGCCACAUCACUACUACGCGCACCAUCAACCGCCACAUCAACAGGCGCUGCCGCCACGCACAACGACAAUGACAACGUCGUUUAGCAAACACAGCGAACUGAAUCUCAACUUGGCGUUGGCCGAACAUGAACGCCAUGCGGCAGCAUUGCACGACGCCAGCAACGGGGCUGGCGGUGCACUCAACGCCUAUGAGCUAAGCAAAUUCUCCAGCUCAGAGCCAAAAUUGUGCGAGCAUAUCUACCAUGAUGCCAACUGUGCCAAAAAUAAAUCAGCCGCGCUAGCUGGCGGCCUAGGUGGAAUGGGAGGGGUUGAUGUCAAAAUGUCAACUGGCGCAGCAGCGGCGUCGGCGACCGGACGCAGCAUACCGGAUAUUUAGUACGCGGAGAAUGUUAUAUUAGCAAACAGUCAAAUGGCGCGCAACUGUGCACGCGGCGCCGCUUGUGCUGGGGUUAUGGGAGGUGGUGGCGGUAGCGGUGUCACUGGUCGCGGCAAUAUUUUAACCACAACGCGCGUUGCUUGCCAUAGUCCGCCUGCGCGCAGCAUGUCUGUGUUAGUUGCCAUGCCAAUGGCCGAGUACCGGAAGUAGGCGGAUGGCAGACGGGAAGACCAAAAAGGCGCGCAAAGACGGCAACGACAGUUACAACUGCCACAGUGACAGCGACAGCAACUGAGCAGGAAAUGCAGCAGGCCAAAAAUGAGCCACGAAAUGAAAUUACGCGCCAUCAAUGCUAGAUGGUAGGGGCCAAGGUGCAAAAUGGUAGUAGUGCAGCAUGACAGCGGCUGGGCGGAAGCGUCUUGUCCGAAAAGAUUAAAGCAAUCCAGUACUUAGUCUGGCGUCAAUGCGGCGCCUGUAAGGCUGCUAUGAAAAUUUCAAAAUUUUGCAGGCCGCAAGUAUGUAAUUUGAAUUUCACAAACGUUUGUGUGAGCAUUCGCCGAGGUGGCUGUGAGUGUGUGUGUAUGCGCGCGCGCUUAAGCACUAUCAGUCACAUGAUAAUACCUACUUUACGUAAUUUCACACCAUAACCGAAAGCGCAGCGCCUGGGACGCCAUCCUGUUGACUUAAUGCUCCGACGCACUAAUGCUCAUUAAUUGUUUCUCGGAUGACAGAUGGCCGCAAUUGUACUAAAUAUAGAUUAAAGCGGAGGAAGUGUGGCAGCGUAAGAAUGAAUGGAGAAUCACAAAAUUAAAAUGUUCUAUGAAAAAUUGCUCAAAGUUCGCAUUCAUUGAAAAUUUGUGUAAUUUAUUUUUAAUGUUUUUUUUGCGCGCAAAGUGAGUUGUAUUUAUCAUAAAUUAAGCCAUAAAUCUGCGGGUAUACUUGCGUGUGUAAAAAUGUGCUAAAUUGCCUAAAAUUGUAUGUGACGUUGUAAGUGUGUAAGUCAUAUGAGUAUAGUCCCUCUUAGUCUAGUACUCUUCGGCUCUAAAUCACUCUGCAGAAUCUGUAGAAAUAAAUCGUAUUGAAAUAAGGCUAGAGUAAGUGAAUGUUUUCAAAUACUGGUACAUGAGUUAGUAUGUAAAAAAUACAGUUAUAAUUAUUCUAAGUGUAGUUAAAUUGUAUGUGUAGUUGCCGAACACAAAAUUAUGAUGCAAUAACUUUAAAAAAACUGUAGGACAAUUAAUGAUUGCUCUUGAGUCAGUACAGAAGACAUUUUAAACAUUAAAAUUUAUUUGGAGAAACUUUAGAAAUUUUCAAAUUUUUCCAUAUACCCACAUUCAUGGCAAUCCUAGAUAAAUCUAAUGUGACUCAAAUCGGUGUGGAAAUUGAAAUGUGAGCAGUUUUUUUUAGAAAUUCAGGAAUAAACGUCUGUACAAGCAUACUAGAAUAACAGUAAUUUGUGAUCAAUCAUUAAUUUUAAAGUGAAUUGAAACUCAAAAAAAAAUUUAAAAACAAAAAAAAUUAGUGUUAAGCUGAUGGAUAUUUUGUGCACAAGUGGUCGUAAUGGCAAAAAAGGAACUAAGUUUUUAAGCAAAAAAAUUCAGUUUAACACCAACAGACUGGAACAAUUUUAAGCUCAAACAUAUUUUAUUGAGUGAAAAUAAU